AUGUCGGUAUGUAGGAGCGAGCAAGCAAUGCUGAUUAUGCAGAGGCCAGGCGGAGCAUUGACGUUGCAUGUGGAUGCCGACGGAAAGGCGCGGUAUGAUGCAAUUGUACAGCAAGGUCGUCGUCCAGGCUCGUACGUACAGUCUCAGUACAAAGACCUCGUCCCUUUGUCGGAACGGGAUGAUUAUAGGGAGAGCAAGCGCCCACUGGAGCGUCCUUCAGAUGAGGAAGUGAAGAGCACUACUGAAAAUACGCGGCGGGCAUUGGAAUUGAUUGUCCAGGGCAAAACCAAAGCGGCCAAACCUACAAAUGUCGCUGCCACCGGUGGGAACUCUUCUUACCUGCGCUAUACUCCGGCUUCACAAGGUGCGGAUGGUAGGAAACAAAGAAUUAUUAAGAUGACGGAAGUUGUUGAGGAUCCUCUAGAACCUCCCCGUCAUCAGUUUAAAAAAGUGCCAAAUGGACCGCCUAGCCCACCACCGCCUGUUUUGCGCAGUCCGCCGCGGAAAGUGACUGCCCAAGAGCAAAAGGAAUGGAUGGUACCACCCUGUAUCUCUAACUGGAAAAAUAACAAGGGCUACACUAUUCCAUUGGACAAGCGACUUGCGGCAGACGGCCGUGGUCUCCAAGAUGUGUACAUUAAUGAUAACUUUGCUCAAUUUUCUGAGGCAUUGCAUCUGGCGGACCAACAUGCCCGCGAAGAGGUGCGGGAACGCAACCAAAUGCAGCAAAAAAUUGCUGCGCGCGAAAAGGCAGAGCGCGAAGAAAAUCUGCGCAUGCUUGCACAGCGAGCAAGGGAAGAGCGUGCAGGUAUGUCGUCUGGGCACAUGGCCGCUUCUGGUAGCACUGUGGCGAGUGCAGUGGCAGGAUAUGGAAGCAGCGAGAGCGAUGAUGAUGAUGAGGCUGUUGCCGAGCGCGAUCGUUUGCGCGAAGAGCGCCGUCGCGAACGCGAGCGGGACUUGCGUCUCAAUAACAUGGGCACGGAGCAACGUGCACGCAUGUUUGCCAAAGAGCAGAACAGGGACAUCUCUGAAAAGGUGGCACUUGGUUUGGCUAAGCCGACACUCAGCAAGGAAUCCAUGACGGAUGCACGUCUCUUUAAUCGUGAAUCAUUGUCUAACACGUUUGGUGAAGAUGAUUCGUACAAUGUAUACGAUAAACCACUGUUCCAGGGAUCUUCCGCUGCUGCUGCAAUUUAUCGGAGGCCUGGUACUGGCACGGCAGACGACAUGUACGGUGGUGGUACAGAAAGUGGCAUCAGUGCCGAACUGGAGAACGACCGGUUCGGACUAGGGCGCAGAAAGGGCUUUGAAGGCUCCCAAUUCCAAGAGGAACGCACAGGGCCUGUCCAGUUCGAGAAAGAUGCUAGCGAUCCAUUUGCAAUUGAUGCAUUCCUCGAAGAGGCAAAGCGUGGGACAAAGCGGGCUGGCUUGGAGAACCCCGCCGCAGAAAAGCGCGCGCGCGAAUAG